CUAUAAUUUGAGAUGUGUGAUCACUGUCCCCAUCCCAUCCCUGUACCCUCCACUAAGCCGUAAUGUCGGUGGAACUGGUUGCUCUGAUUGGCUCCUUGUGAUUACCGUGCUGCCAGUGAAGAACCAUCCCUCCUGCUGAUUAACGGAGCUGUCUGUCAAUCCGAAUCGGUCCAGGGGCCCUUUCAGUCGCUGGGUUGUCUGCUCUGUGAGGAUAUACAGUACGCUGAGGAAAAGGAGUGCUUGCUAACGUUAGUAUGUAUGGUUUCGUAAAUCACGCCUUGGAAUUAUUAAUCCAACGGAAUUAUGGACCUUUGGUGUGGGAAGAUAUCAAAAAAGAAGCACAGUUGGAUGUGGAAGGGCAGUUUCUGGUACGGAUUAUAUAUGACGAUUCUAAAACAUAUGAUUUGAUCAGUGCAGCCAGCAAAGUGCUCAAAAUCAAUGCUGGAGAAAUUCUGCAGAUGUUUGGAAAGAUGUUUUUUGAAUUCUGCCAAGAAUCUGGCUAUGAUACAAUCCUACGUGUUUUGGGUUCCAAUGUUAGAGAAUUUCUGCAGAAUCUAGAUGCUUUACAUGACCACCUGGCUACCAUCUACCCAGGGAUGCGUGCACCAUCAUUUCGAUGCACAGAUGCAGAUAAAGGGAAAGCUCUUCUUUUACAUUAUUAUUCAGAAAGGGAAGGCUUACAGGAUAUCGUGAUUGGAAUCAUUAAGACCGUCUCACAGCAGCUUCAUGGCACUGAAAUAAACAUGAAGGUGGUCCAGGAGAAGAAUGAAGAAUGUGAUCAUAUUCAGUUCUUGAUUGAGCAGAAAAACUCAGAAGAAGAGGCUUUCUCUGAAGAUCUGGAUAGGUUUGAAGAGAAUUGUAUCCAAGAAUCCAGAAUUAGCCCAUAUACAUUUUGCAAGGCAUUUCCUUUCCACAUCAUGUUUGAUAGAGAAUUUAUGAUAACACAGUGUGGGAAUGCUGUAUAUCGGGUGCUGCCACAGCUUCAGCCUGGAAGUUGUAAUCUUCGGUCAGUUUUCUGUUUGGUCCGCCCACAUAUUGACUUUACGUUUCAUGGAAUCCUCUCACACAUUAAUACAGUUUUUGUUUUAAGAAGCAAGGAAGGCUUGCUGAAUGGUGUAAAGACAGAAUCUGAUGAUGACCUGACUGGUGCUGAAAUCAGCUGUUUACGUGUGAAAGGACAGAUGAUCCAUUUACCUGAAGCAGAUAAUAUACUUUUCUUGUGUUCUCCCAGUGUGAUGAACCUGGAUGAUCUAACCAGGAGAGGCCUUUAUCUCAGUGACAUCCCACUACAUGAUGCAACACGAGAUCUUGUUUUGCUUGGUGAGCAAUUCAGAGAAGAGUACAAACUCACACAGGAACUAGAAAUUUUGACUGAUCGGCUACAACAUACACUUCGAGAAUUAGAAGAUGAAAAGAAAAAGACAGACAGGUUGCUGUACUCCGUUCUUCCCCAUUCUGUUGCCAAUGAGUUGAGACAUAAACGCCCAAUUCCUGCUAAACGAUAUGAUAAUGUAACUAUCCUUUUCAGUGGAAUUGUUGGAUUCAACACAUUCUGUAGUAAACAUGCCUCAGCUGAGGGAGCUAUGAAAAUUGUUAACCUCCUCAAUGAUCUUUAUACAAAGUUUGACAUCCUCACAGAUUCACGCAAGAACCCUUAUGUAUAUAAGGUGGAGACAGUUGGGGAUAAGUACAUGACCGUGAGUGGUCUGCCAGAGCCAUGUAUCCAUCAUGCUCGUUCCAUAUGCCAUCUUGCUUUGGACAUGAUGGAGAUUGCAGAGCAGGUGAAGGUUGAUGGAGAGCCUAUACAGACCACUAUAGGUAUUCACACUGGGGAAGUGGUCACAGGUGUAAUAGGCCAGAGGAUGCCUCGCUACUGUUUGUUUGGAAAUACCGUUAACCUAACAAGCAGGACAGAAACCACAGGAGAAAAAGGGAGAAUCAACAUUUCAGAAUAUACAUAUAGGUGCCUAAUGAGUCCGGAGAACUCAGAUGAACAGUUUCAACUCGAGUACAGAAAUCUGAUUAACAUGAAGGGUAAGAAAGAGCCCAUGAAGGUUUGGUUCCUGUCCAGAAAAUACAAAGGGUAAAAUGUGAUUCAUCAAGGAAUAAUUUACCAUUUGGACCUUUUUCAACAGUGGAAGAAAGAAUUUAAUAAAUGAAGAAUUAACAUUCGCAAUUGAAAUAUAAUCAUUUUAUAUACAUUGUGGCAAGUACAAAGUUGUUCAGUCUUAAGGUUGCAAAGAAUUUUUUCUCAUUAUUCUUCAGUAAAUGUCAUGUAAAUCAAUUAACACCAUGUAGGAUUUAGCUGCUUUUCUAAACAAGGACUUGCUGAUCUGUCAAGUUUGGCUAUGACAUGCUAAGUAAUUAAGGAUAUUUAUGUUCUGCAGAGUCAGCUACAAAGUACCAUUUUGCAUGAGACCGGUAAAAAUAGACACUGCUGUCAGUAUGUUGCCAACACCCAUGUACUCCGUCAAGCUAGUUAAUUCAUUACCUAACCAAUUUAGGAUAUUGAAUGGGAGGAGAUA